AUGACGUCAGCCCAGCCUAGAGGGGCCAGUCCCAAGAGGGCCAUGGACACCCCGCGCCACGACUCCGGGCAGUGGCCCCUGGUCGGUGCCCAGGGCCACGUAGUGGGGCGCGGGCCCUUCUCAGCCCUGGAGGCCGGAAGCCGGGGUCGCGGGGUGCAAGUCCAGGCUGUGGUGCUCAUCUACGACGCACCGACACCCGGGUUGGAGGACGACGGGGACCUCCGCUUUAACAGGAUCAGGGAGAUCCAGCCCGGAGCGUUCAGGAGGCUGAGGAACUUGAAUACGCUGCUUCUCAACAACAACCAGAUCAAGAGCAUCCCCGGUGGCUCUUUCGAAGACCUGGAGAAUCUGAAAUACCUCUAUUUGUACAAGAAUGAGAUCCAGUCAAUUGACAGGCAAGCGUUUAAGGGACUUUCCUCUCUAGAACAACUAUACCUGCACUUUAAUCAGAUAGAAACUUUGGACCCGGAGUCAUUUCAGCAUUUGCCGAAGCUGGAAAGGCUGUUUUUACACAACAACCGAAUCACGCAUUUGGCCCCGGGGAUCUUCGACCACUUGGAAUCUAUGAAGAGACUGCGACUGGACUCGAACGCGCUUCGCUGUGACUGUGAGAUCCUGUGGUUGGCGGACUUGCUGAAAACCUACGCCAGGUCAGGGAGCACGCAGGCAGCGGCCACCUGCGAGUACCCCCGAGGCGUCCAGGGCCGGUCGGUGGCCACCAUCACCCCAGAGGAGCUGGACUGCGAAAGGCCCCGGAUCACAUCGGAGCCCCAAGACGCCGACGUUACCUCGGGGAACACCGUGUUCUUCACUUGCAGGGCCGAGGGCAACCCCAAACCUGAGAUCAUCUGGCUGCGGAGCAGCAACGAGCUGAGCAUGACGGCAGAUUCCCGCCUGAACCUGCUGGACGACGGCACACUGAUGAUCCGGAACACGCAGGAGACGGACCAGGGCGUUUACCAGUGCAUGGCGAAGAACGCGGCCGGGGAGGUGAAGACGCAGGAGGUGACCCUCAGGUACUUUGGGUCUCCAGCUCGGCCCACUUUUGUAAUCCAGCCGCAGAACACGGAGGUGCUGGUCGGGGAGAGCGUCACCCUGGAAUGCAGCGCCACGGGCCACCCGGCGCCUCGGAUCACCUGGACGAAAGGUGACCGGACGCCCGUGCCCGUGGACCCGCGCGUGAGCGUCACACCCUCUGGCGGCCUGUACAUACGGGAUGUCACACAGGAGGACAGCGGGGAGUACGCCUGCUUCGCCUCCAACAGCGUCGACAGCAUCCACGCCACGGCGCUCAUCAUCGUGCAGGCUCUUCCUCAGUUCACUGUGACCCCUCAGGACAGAGCUGUGAUCGAAGGGCAGACAGUGGACUUCCAGUGCGAGGCCAAGGGCCACCCACAGCCGGUCAUCGCCUGGACGAAAGGAGGCAGCCAGCUCUCGGUGGACAGGCGGCACCUGGUCCUGUCGUCGGGGACCCUCAGGAUCUCGGGCGUCGCCCUGCACGACCAGGGCCAGUACGAGUGCCAGGCCGUCAACAUCAUCGGCUCGCAGAGGGUGGUGGCCCACCUGACAGUGCAGCCCCGAGUCACCCCGGUGUUCUCCAGCGUUCCCAGUGACGUGACGGUGGAGGUGGGCACAGACGUGCAGCUGCCAUGCAGCUCCCAGGGGGAGCCCGAGCCAGCCAUCACCUGGAACAAGGAUGGGGUGCAGGUGACCGAGAGCGGGAAGUUUCACAUCAGUCCUGAGGGCUUCUUGACCAUCCACGACGUGGGGACCGCGGACGCAGGCCGCUACGAGUGCGUGGCCCGGAACACCAUCGGGCAGGCCUCUGUCAGCAUGGUGCUCAGCGUCAGCGUUCCUGACGUCAGUCGAAAUGGGGACCCGUUUGUCGCCACAUCGAUCGUGGAAGCGAUUGCGACGGUCGACAGAGCCAUCAACUCGACGCGGACGCACCUGUUUGACAGCCGUCCCCGCUCUCCCAAUGACCUGCUGGCCCUGUUCCGCUACCCGAGGGACCCCUACACGGUGGAGCAGGCACGCGCGGGGGAGAUAUUCGAGCGGACGCUGCAGCUGAUCCAGGAGCACGUGCGGAACGGCCUCAUGGUCGACCUCAACGGAACCGGCUACCACUACAACGACCUGGUGUCCCCACAGUACCUGAGCCUCAUUGCCAACCUGUCAGGCUGCACGGCCCACCGGCGCGUGACCAACUGCUCGGACAUGUGCUUCCACCAGAAGUACCGCACGCACGACGGCACGUGCAACAACCUGCAGCACCCCAUGUGGGGCGCCUCGCUCACCGCCUUUGAGCGCCUGCUCAAGUCCGUGUAUGAGAACGGCUUCAACACCCCGCGGGGCGCCAACCCCGGCCGGCUGUACCAUGGGCACGCGCUGCCCAUGCCCCGCCUGGUGUCUACCACGCUCAUGGGCACGGAGGCCAUCACCCCCGACGCGCAGUUCACCCACAUGCUCAUGCAGUGGGGCCAGUUCCUGGACCACGACCUGGACUCCACGGUGGUGGCGCUGAGCCAGGCGCGCUUCUCCGACGGCCAGCACUGCAGCACCGUGUGCGGCAGUGACCCGCCCUGCUUCUCGCUCGCCGUGCCCCCCAACGACCCGCGCGUCAGGAACGGGGCGCGCUGCAUGUUCUUCGUGCGCUCCAGCCCCGUGUGCGGCAGCGGCCUCACCUCCCUGCUCAUGAACUCCGUGUACCCGCGGGAGCAGAUCAACCAGCUCACCUCCUACAUCGACGCCUCCAACGUCUACGGGAGCUCGGCGCACGAGGCCCGCGCCCUCCGCGACCUGGCCGGCCAGCGCGGGCUGCUGCGCCAGGGCGUCGUGCAGCGCUCGGGGAAGCCACUGCUGCCCUUCGCCGCCGGGCCGCCCACCGAGUGCAUGCGGGACGAGAACGAGAGCCCCAUCCCCUGCUUCCUGGCGGGCGACCACCGCGCCAACGAGCAGCUGGGCCUGACGAGCAUGCACACGCUGUGGUUCCGCGAGCACAACCGCGUGGCUGCCGAGCUGCUGGCGCUGAACCCGCACUGGGACGGCGACACCAUCUACCACGAGGCGCGCAAGGUGGUGGGCGCGCAGGUGCAGCACAUCACCUACCAGCACUGGCUCCCCAAGGUGCUGGGCGAGGUGGGCAUGAAGAUGCUGGGCGAGUACCGCGGCUACGAGCCAGGCGUCAACGCCGGCAUCUUCAACGCCUUCGCCACGGCCGCCUUCCGCUUCGGCCACACGCUCAUCAACCCCGUGCUGCACCGGCUGGACGAGCGCUUCCAGCCCAUCGCGCAGGGCCACGUGCCGCUGCACCGGGCCUUCUUCUCCCCCUUCCGCAUCGUCCACGAGGGCGGCAUCGACCCGCUGCUCCGCGGCCUGUUCGGCGUGGCCGGCAAGAUGCGUGUGCCCUCCCAGCUGCUGAACACAGAGCUCACCGAGCACCUCUUCUCCAUGGCGCACACGGUGGCGCUGGACCUGGCCGCCAUCAACAUCCAGCGGGGCCGCGACCACGGCAUCCCCCCCUACCACGACUACCGCGUCUACUGCAACCUGUCGUCCGCCCACACCUUCGAGGACCUGAAAAACGAGAUCAGGAACCCUGAGAUCCGAGAGAAGCUCAGGCGGUUGUACGGGUCCCCGCUCAACAUCGACCUAUUCCCGGCCCUCAUGGUGGAAGACCUGGUCCCCGGCAGCCGCUUGGGUCCCACCCUGAUGUGCCUGCUGAGCACGCAGUUCCGGCGCCUGCGGGACGGGGACAGGCUGUGGUACGAGAACCCGGGAGUGUUCUCUCCGGCCCAGCUGACGCAGAUCAAGCAGACGUCCCUGGCCAGGAUCCUGUGUGACAACUCGGACAACAUCACGCGCGUGCAGAGGGACGUGUUCAGGGUGGCGGAGUUCCCCCACGGCUACGGCAGCUGCGAGGACAUCCCCCGGCUGGACCUGCGCGUGUGGCAGGACUGCUGUGAAGACUGCAGGACCAGGGGACAGUUCAGCGCAUUCUCGUAUCAUUUUCGAGGCAGGCGGUCCCUUGAUUCCAGCUACCCGGAGGACAAGCCCGUGAGAACAGGGCCUGGGAAGACACCGAGUGUUGGGAAACACAGCAAGCACCCCGGGAACGCCACGUCCGCCCCCGAUGAGCAGCCACAGGUACCAGGGACAAGUGACUUCAGGGACUUCGUUCUGGAGAUGCAGAAGACCAUCACGGACCUCAGGACACAGAUAAAGAAGCUGGAGUCACGGCUCAGCACGGCCGGGUGCGCAGACGCGGGCGGGGACGCGCACGCCGACGGCGCCAGGUGGAAGCGGGACGCGUGCACCCGCUGCGAAUGCCAUGACGGGCAGAUCACCUGCUUCGUGGAGGCCUGCUCGCCGGUCGCGUGCCCAGCGCCUGUGAGAAUCAGCGGAGCCUGCUGCCCCGUCUGCCCAGAUGACAGCCCGAGAAAGCAGCCGCCGACCCCGUGACAUUGCCCAGAGCCCUCCGCGCAUCCCCUGCAGGCCACUGGCCGGCCAGGCGGUGCAGGCUGGAGCACGUCAAGGACUCACGGCACCUGGCCACAUCGCCGGGGCCAUCUCAGAGAUGGUGCAGGGGCUUCGGCCGGAGCUCUCACUGGCGGAGGCCACGCGGGUGGGAGCAGACAUGAGUCCGACUUCAUGUUAGAUCCUCAGGUUUUAUUUAAGUUUUUGAUGAGAAAUCGGUGCUAUUAAACCGCACAGUUAAAUCGUUCAGGCUCCUCGGCUGAUUCCCGUCAAACCGCUACUCGUUCCCACCUGGACAUUGGCCCAGGCAGUCGCCUGCAUCCGGGGCUGCACACCGGAGCCACCAGGAAGAGGAGCCGCCGAAGGACACCAGAGUUUGACAGACGGGACAGUCUCCGUGAGGGUGUCCAGGUGGCACUGGCUCCUGGCGCCCCAGUGUGACACCUGACAAUGUUCCUCUGGUGUCCCACCAGCCCACAUGCUCCAGCCUUCACAGGACAGACGUCCCCGCUGCCUGCACUCGUGUACACCACGUCCUCUCUGCUCCCCACACGUGACCGUGCGGUGACCAAGGCACAUUCGGAAUCAGGUUUGUCUUCACGCUGACCUGCGUGCGUCCUGCCAGUCGUGGGCCAGACGUGGGACGUCCCUGCCGUCACGGGCACGUGGUGCCACUGGGUACCACGUUCGUGCCGUGGGGCUGGCCCAGGCCGGGUGCACGGAAGACUCAGGAGGCUGCCAGUUCUCCUUCUGCCUGGAGGAAUUCUAACGCUGGGGACUUUGGAACUUUGGGGGCGGGGGUGCGUUCAGGAAACCAGAGUCCCUCCCUGAACCUCGUUUGUGUGUUCAGAGCACGUGACCUUUUACGAAAGUUUGCCCGUGUCUCAGUGUCAGGUAGGGCAGAGAAAUCGCUCACACUGUGCGGAAGUCCUCUCAGAAUUCAGUGAAAACCAACCAUCGUACCUCACGCCAUUUAACCAAAACGCUAUUUUGUUCCGAAUACGAAGUGACUUACGUUGAGAAGCGCGCCCGUCACGUGAGUUUGGUUCCACAGAUCUUUACCUGAGUACCCACUGUGUGCUGGACACAGGCGAGGGACCGCCGGCCCUUCCUAUGGGAAGGCCCCUGGGGACGUGGGCGCUUUGGGUACACGGUGGGGCAGUCUACCCUUGGUGGCACUGUGCUAAGACCGUUACCAUGGUGAGAGGGAGGCAAGUCCUCUUGCAGUGUCCAGCGGGCAGUGGGCAGUCACAGCCUGUUUGUCCCGUGCAGGAGGCCCCCGAGCUCCGCACGGGCUGCCCCGUCCCUGGGGAAGGCAUCAGCAUCCUGCCAUUUAACCCACAUCAAGCCAUUUGCAGUGGGUUUAAGCUUGGUCGGCUGGACCUCUCAGCCUUGUCCCCGAGUGACAGACAAAGCCGAUGUUGUUUCAUGGAGCAUGGGACUUGAAAUAUCAAGUCAAAUUUAGUAAUCAGACCUCAGAACCAAUUUUUGUAAACUAGAAAAUGGAGUGCUUUGUCUAAAACUUGGUGGUUUGGGGAGUGGCUCGGCUGUGACGCAGCAGUGAGUCCCGGCUCCGCGGGCGUGUGGGUGUUGUAGGUGCUGGGAGUCUUACCGUGGCUGUGUUGCAGAGGUGACGAGCAUGUGAGUUGAGCCAUGUGCCUUGGGCAAGGGUCAGAGGGUCACACUCUAAACUGAAGGAGGUUGUGGAUCCCGGUAGGACCCUGUGACAGCCGCUGAGGUGGCAGCAGAAGCAGUGGCUCAGUCUCACGUGCGGGGUGGGGCGGCGGGCGGGCUGGGUGGACCGCAGCAGCCACCGUCGGGAUUGCUGUGGCAGGAGCAGAGCGUACGUGUUUAUUUACUGUUCUUACCGUUGCCAGCAGCCAGGUGCCUUUUUACGGUCUCUGUAACCAGUACGUCACCAAAGAAACGUUUGCACUGUGUAACGAUGCCUUUCCAGUCGAAUAAAGGGGCUGCGACCUCCGA